GUUAUCAGCUAAUUGCGUGUACUUUCGUCAUCGUAAUUAGAUUUUUCGGCAAGAUGAUAUAGUGUUCGAACAUAGUUUUCCCGCUAUUCCGAAUUUCCAAACCUUAGUUAUCGCUGGCUGACCUCGUGACUGCAUUGAUGCAAUAAUUGCACGCGCGCUAAUUGAAUUAGUGUGCAGCAGAGUAGUGGAGCGGAGGUUGCAUUUAUAUUCAAGAGCAAUCACCAUGUCGGGAACAGCAAUAGCCAUAAAUGCGGGCAUAUCCGUGGCAUCCUACUGCAUGGCAGUGCGCAUGAUACCACGAUUCCGUGAGAUGUUCAUCAAGGCCAAUCUCUUUGGCAAUGAUCUCUGUAAAAAGGACAAGCCACAGGUCCCCGAAUCCUUUGGCGUGCUGAUUGGAUGCAUCUUCUUGGUCUCUCUAUUCCUAUUCAUUCCCAUACCAUUCGCAUUCGAUGAGGCGGCGGCCACAGAUGUUGUGACUGGCGGAAAACCCGCCACCUUUCCACACGAUAAAUUUGUGGAACUGAUUGCCGCUCUGCUAUCCAUUUGCUGCAUGAUAUUUUUGGGCUUUGCCGACGAUGUUUUGGAUCUGCGCUGGCGUCACAAACUGCUCCUGCCCACCAUAGCCACAUUGCCCCUGCUUAUGGUGUACUAUGUCAACUACAAUUCAACCACCGUCAUAAUGCCGAACUUUGCACGUGGCCUUUUGGGUACAUCAUUGAAUAUAGGUGUACUCUACUAUGUGUACAUGGGCAUGCUGGCUGUAUUCUGUACGAAUGCCAUCAAUAUUCUGGCAGGCAUCAAUGGCCUGGAGGUGGGCCAGUCCCUGAUCAUUGCCGGCUCCAUACUGGUCUUCAAUUUGAUUGAAUUCACGCUGGGCCAUCAGGUGGACUCGCACAUUUUCUCAAUUUUCUUCAUGUUGCCCUUUUUGGCCACCACUCUAGCCCUUUGGAAAUUUAACAAAUAUCCCUCGCAGGUUUUCGUUGGUGACACCUAUUGCUACUUUGCCGGCAUGACUUUUGCCGUGGUUGGCAUUCUGGGACACUUUAGCAAGACCCUGCUGCUAUUCUUUCUGCCCCAGAUACUCAACUUUCUGUACUCGACGCCGCAGCUGUUUCACUUUGUGCCCUGCCCGCGUCACCGCCUGCCCAAGUACGACACCAAAACGGAUCUCCUCCACAUAAGCACCACGGAAUUUCGACUGGAGGAGCUGAAUAGUCUGGGGCGUCUAAUGGUCGUAGUGCUAAGGAAAUUGCAUCUGAUAAGCUGGCACAAAACAGCGGAUGGUGUCGUGAGAACGAACAACUUGACGCUGAUCAAUUUUGUUCUGGUCAUCUUUGGGCCCGUCCAUGAGCGGGUGGUAACCCAAAUGCUGAUGGCCCUACAGGUGGUGUGCACGCUUAUAGCCCUAGUCAUACGCUACCCACUGGCGAAUUAUUUCUAUGAGAAUACGUAGCUCUCGGUUCUGAUAUUUAUUUUAUGCAGUAAGCUUUGCCUUUCCUUUCCCAAGUCCUAUAUACAGAUCUAAUACUGAUUUGCUUUAAUGUCUACACUAUAUAAUAUUUCCAAAAAGUAAGUUAAGUCAAUCUGUAAUUUUCUCGUCAAAUAAAACUAAAAGCAA